CACACAGAGGAGAGAGAAGACUGCAGACAGGAAGGAUCACGGAGACCGUCGCAGUGGGACUUUGUCGGGGUUUUUUGUUGGGGUUUCUGAGAGAUGCUGUCCCCACCGAGGAGAUGGAUCAGAGACCAAUGUCCGAGCGCUGUAACCUCGUGUGUGAGGAGAGGGGUGUGCAGCAGGCGUCACUCUCUGUGGAUACUGCUAAUCCUGCUCGUGGUCUGUAUUGCCAUUCAGAUGUUUGUCGCCCGCCAGGCCAGGAAUGACAAGCUGACAGGACUCCCACAUCUGAGAUUGACUGUCAACAAACCGCACCUGUUUUCUACUGCACAAAAUGAAUGGGAAAUCGUUCAUUCUGAGUCUUCACAGGCAGUAAAGACAGACCUGAGGUCACUACAGAUUGACAGAACUGCAGCUCGUCAUCAUCAAAAUGAGGGAUAUCAAAAGCAAUCGGUUUAUAUUCAGUCAAGACCUGUGGAUAACCUUGCUACAGGCUCUCAGAUGGAGGCAAGAAAAGUUUCACCUGUGACGAUGCUUCUACCUAAACUUGUAACAAGCCUUGGACUUCCAGGUUCUUUGGCCCUAGACAGUAGUAGAAAAGGUUUAACUGCAGACACUCCCACCCCAAGUUUUUUAAAGGCUCACAUCAACAGUGUUCAUACGACAUCAACCUGCCACCCAAAGUCUCACAUUCUUUUUCUCAAGACACACAAAACAGCAAGCAGUACCAUCUUAAAUAUUCUUUAUCGCUAUGGUGAAAGCAGGAACUUGACCUUUGCCCUACCUCUGAACAAACACAGCCAGUUGUUUUACCCAUUCUUCUUUGCUUCACAUUUUGUGGAAGGUUUCAACAGCCGAAGUGUAAGGGAGUUCCACAUCAUGUGCAACCACAUGAGGUUUACAAAAUCUGAGGUGGCAAAAGUGAUGCCUGAGGAUACCUUCUACUUUUCCAUCUUGAGGCAUCCUGUGGCCAUGAUGGAGUCCAUCUUUAUCUACUACAAGAGCAUCCCAGCCUUCCACAAGACUCACAGCCUGGACAGCUUUUUAGACAGCAGCUGGAGAAACUACAACUCAUCUGUGAAAAACAACCACUACGCUCAUAAUAUCCUGGCUUUUGACUUUGGCUUUGACAACAAUGUUGCAGCUGAUACUGAAGACCUGGAGGAGAGAGCCAGCAUGGCUAUUGCAGCUAUUGAGAGGGACUUCCACCUUAUUCUUAUUUCUGAAUAUUUUGAUGAGUCCAUGAUCUUGCUCAAGCAUGCCCUCUGCUGGUCCCUGGAAGACGUGGUUUCCUUUAAGCUCAACGGUCGCAGUGAACAAACUCGUCACCCACUUUUACCAAACACUGCAGAAAAAAUCAAGAGGUGGAAUGCUUUGGACUGGAGGAUCUACCUGCACUUUAACACCACCUUCUGGCACAAGAUGGAUAGUCUUGUUGGGCAAGAGCAGAUGAAGAGGGAAGUAUCUCAGUUGAGAGAGCUACAGGCCAAGCUAGCAAACAGCUGCCUGAAAGAUGGCGGGGCAGUUGACCCAUCCCAGAUUAAAGAUGCCGGACUAAAGCCAUUCCAGUAUGGAGCAGCUGUAAUUCAGGGCUAUAACCUAAACCCACACAUAGACAGACAAACCAAAAUAAAAUGUCAAAGACUUAUAACUCCAGAACUGCAGUACACAGACCGUCUAUACACCCAGCAGUUCCCAGAGCUAGCUGCUAAGCAUAGACAAGAAACAAGGAUGGUUGCUCCGCAACGUCAACGCUCAGACAGAACUGGUAUGAUGGGAAUGGCCUGGGCCAGGGAAGCCCAUCACAGACAAAUUAUAAGAAGCAAAUUCUCAAAUCUAAGGAACCAAAAGGCCUCCACAAGUGCCAUGUUAACACACACAGAAGAUAACAACAAAACAAGUAUGCUAUGACUGGUAACUGUGACUAAUAGUCACGGGACAAUGUUUUGUUUGUACUGUGAUGUAUGGAAGCAGCUCUUCCGUCUAAUAUUUACUUUCUAUAAUUACACUGCCAUUGCAGUAUCCAUUAUAACCCACAUUAUGAAAGUGUUGAUAUAAAACAAAGAACAUAUGGUUUGGCUGUUAUCCUUGCUAAUAGUGAAGAUAAAAAUUUAGAGGUUUUCUUAAGGUGGGGGUAAAGGAACUGUCAUAGUGUUAUAAAUGGGGGUUCAUCCUGUCAAUAACAUGAAUGUAUGUUUUGUGGUAAUCAGCCAAUUAUAUUUCUUUUGUAUAAAGUGGAAAAUUUGGCCUGAUGGUGGCACCAAACAAAAAUUCAGACUUGCACCAAAUGAACAUGGUUCAUCUUUUGAUUGGAGAUGCACGGAUCCAUUUUUCUCAGUUCCGGUUAUGAUACCUGAAUCAUACAAUCUUGCAUAAAAUUUAAAUGUAUUCCAAAGGAAUUGAACUGUAUGAGUACACAUUGCUAUGGCAAUGUUUUUAAAAAACUUAAACAAAUCAAGUGCACAGCUAUGUUAAUGGUCUUGGCGGGAAUUGUUGGCUCUUUGUUAAUUAUAAAGUGUGGUCUAGACCUACUCUAUCUGUAAAGUGUUCUGAGAUAACUUCUGUUAUAAUUUGACAUAAAUAAAAUUGAAUUUCAAGUAGAUUUCUUUAAAUUAGUUCAUAAUUAAUAAGAACAUUUCAAGAAAUGUGUAGGGAAAUAAAUAUCUACACUAUCAGAAAACCCUAUUAAAGAAGUUAAAAACCAAUGUGUGUGGCUGCUUCUUAAACCUGCUUUGGUACAUGGUGUUUCAGCCAUAGACUGUAUAAUAUGAAUGGACAGAGCAUGUGUGACGUCACACAUUGGUUUGUGGAGAUCUGCUAUGAGUCGUCGAGUUUGCCGUUACGCGCAGCCAUCCAAGUUGUGUAUGUGACGAUUUU